CGACGCGCGCGUUCAAACCACACACACUGCUCAGACCAAUUAUUAAUGAGCUCCAGUUAGUUGUUAUAUAAAUAUCCAAUAAAUUUGGAAACACGCUAAAUUAUAAUGAAUAAUAACGAAUUUUGCUUCGAUGUGCAACGGAAAUCCUACGAAUACGAACAGAGUUACGAAAACGACUCGAAACUAAGUCCGGACACUUACGAAAGCGCGAGUGAAAAUUUACUCACCGAUUAUGAAGUUGUGAGCAACGAGGAGGCGGACGACGACGACACCGCUGAAGUCGCAUAUCGAAAGUUACGACGCGAAAAGACGGAAAGUGCGGUUCUAACCAAGAAUUCACCGCGUCACGCAAGUGGCGAACGCGCUGAACUCUGUAAAUUGCACCUGAGUUUGAGCGCAGAAAAAAUAUCGUUAAAAUCACAGUCGGAGAAAAUCGAUAAAUCGAACGCGUCGCUGGCAACGGAAAUUGCGCAGCAAAAAGAAAGCGCAARCGGACGCGAGCGUUGUGGACGUGGGGCGAAAUCGACUAGCGCAAGUGGGUUUUGUCCGCGGCACAGACGCCAACAACCACAGACGCAGCAACAGUUGGAGAAGCAUAAGCCAAAGCAAUAUGCGCCGAUUAAUUUCACCAUAGUGCCAAUUAAUGUGGCGACGCAGAGGCGUGUUAACGAGCGAAACUACGAAAAUGGGCGUGAUUUGCCGGAAAUUGUGCUGACAUCCUYCGAGCAGCAACAGCAACAAGCGCCAAAGCAACAAGGCUUCACAACUGGAAAAGUGCCAACGYCGCCCGGUUUCGAAGCGCCUGCCACGUCUAAGCGUGGUACAACGCCGAAAGGCGGCAAUUCAACAUAUUUGCAGCAAAAGGAACCACAACAACAAUACCGACAAUCACAACAAUAUCGCAGUGCAAUGUUGUCGACAGCGGAAAUAGCAGUCCCACCACCUUUACCGCCGCCACCGCCAUCGCCUGCACCCUCCCCAACAACAUCCGCUACAGCAACCAAAGCAAAGAAAGUCACCAGAUUUUCSCGUGCGCCCGAAUUCGCCAACAAUCACUUUGAGCUGCUACCAGCUGCAAAGCUCACCCCCACCGCCGACACGGCGGCUGUUSCAMCCGCGUUGCCAACAAAAAAGCUACCGGAUGCYGAGGAUACGAGCAUAAGCGAGAUUAAUUCGCAGCCAGGCAGCUCUACUUCACCGGAAUCUUUAAUGGAUAAUGUGCUAAGCGCUGCGUCAUCGGUCUCCGUGCGCAGCAGUAGUCUGAGCAGCGCUGGCGGCGGCAGCGGUAGUGGCGGCAGUGAAAUUCUAAAAUUUCUCAAUGUCACACAAAGCGRAAGCUGCACGCGUAAUGUGCCACAUGUUGCUGUGGCAGCCGUGGCCAUAGAACAACAGCAACAACCACAGGCACAUCAGCAACAUGUCGUUGCGCAGACAAAGGAAUUGUACGAUAAUCGCUCAUUGAACUUUAAAUCGCCCGUUACGAGAGGCUUGUCGCCGUUAAUGACAAUAACGGCGGUAAAGCAAGCCACAACAGCGGCACUCACACCCGUGCCACCAACGCCAACCGCAAYAACACCGUUACAACUGUUGUCGCCRKCGCGCACUCUGACGCCCUCUCCAUCCACGGUGUUAGCAUUGGGUGGCGGAGCGUCGUCAGCGCGUUCGGSUGAGACGCGUGYGCUGCAACCAACCGAACUAAUCGAGGCGUCAGCAAAUCGYUCAAGAAGUCCAUCGCCAAGUUCCGGCAUCUUGAUUCGCGUUACUCCGGAUCCCUCUUUAUUUCCCGAUGAUUUAAAAUGUCGCAUCUGCAGUGAAAUAUUUCGUGACCCACGCACCUUGAAUUGUUUACAUUCCUUUUGUUUCCAAUGCCUGGUUGAUGAAAAUUUCAAACAAGACUCCAGCAUACCAUUUUGGUCGCAACCUGGCGCCGAGGAYCAUGAUUGGAAGGCCACCAACAAGUCCAACUGUAGCGCGCAAUCGUCUUCACCGGAGAUGUCAGUGCGCAGCGGUUCCACCUCACCUUCGCGAACACGACAGUCGUCAUUCAGCUUUAGACGUAAGAAAUCGCUCGAACGGAUUUUGCUGAAAGUAAGGUCAAAAUCGGACGGCAAGAGCUCGGAGAGCUCCACAUCGCUGCGUUUGAGCGCUCCGCCCGAAGAGCGUCUACGCUACAUCAGUUGUAAGAUUUGCAAAUAUGCAACCGUAAUACCGUUAGGUGGCAUACGUCAAUUACCACAGAAUUUUCUGCUCGUACGCAAGAUCGAGACCAUACAACAGGAGCURGGCGAUGAAGUGAUAACAAAGGUUUGGUGCAGCCUCUGCUUCGAGGAAACCAAUGCGAUCUACCAUUGUGUUAGCUGCACGCUGAAUCUGUGCUCGCUCUGCCGAGAUUCACAUGAACGGCAGCGCAACACAGCUAACCAUAGUAUACGGAAUAUAAUGGAGUUGAGACGUGCGCGUAAAAAGCAACAAACUCUGCUGGAUGAUAAAACGAAAUUUACGCUGAAAUGUGGCAUGCAUCCGGGUUUUGAAAUGAAGGCCUUCUGCAACAGCUGUUUGCAGAUCGCUUGCGCCGAUUGCCUGYUGCUCCUACACAAAGGCCACAAACAUGAGUCGAUACCAAAAGCUUUUGUAAAUUACUCUAAAUUACUAUACGACGCUGUGAAUCAUACGCGUCCGCUCUGCAGCUAUGCCGAACAUUCGGUCGAGCGCAUGAACGAUAUAUCCAAGCAUAUAAAUAAGAAAUGUGAUGACAUACAAGCGCAGAUAGAGGUCUUCAUACGGCAGUACCUCGACGCUAUCGAAGUGCAUCGGAAGACUUUGUUACAGCAAGUGCAUCGUGCACGCGAGACCAAAGUGGAAAUGAUACUUGAGCAGCAGUUGGAUUUAGAAAAACGCAAUAACGAGUCCAAGGAGGCUUUGCUCUUCGCUCAGGAACUCACCGAAUGYGGUUCCCAUGUUGAAGUGCUUUCUUUUCUCAACAUUUUGCUUAAGCGUUUCGAAUACUGUCAACAAUUCAAAAUGCCCACCGAACCAAAGUUUGCGGAUACUCUACAAUUCCUACCACAUAUCCGCGCACCUCCGAUGAAAGCCCAAAACGACAUACCACUCUUUGGCAUUAUUACAAUGCAAACUGUUGAGCCUUCAUUGUGCACGCUGCAAUGGGAGGGCUUUACCCAAUUACGUCUACAUAAACGUGUAGAACUUCUGCUGCAGUCACGUGACACUGAUGGUGCGGGCCUAUGCCAUGGUGGCUUACAAAUACAGACUUUACUUAAGUACAAAGAAACGAGUUCAAAAUUUUUACCAGUGGAGAUCGCCGAUAAUCGCGACGGCACUUAUGGCAUCGGCUUUACACCCGACGCUGAAGGGACCCUAGUGCUGCAAAUAAUUAUUAAUGAUAAGCCCAUCAAGGGCAGUCCCUUCACAUUCCUCGCACGCAAUGCACGCCCGCACAGUGGCAUCUAUCAUUGCUGUACCUUCUGUUCCAGUAAGGGUAAUAAGUUGGUGAAAUGUUCCUGUGAAGGGCGCAUGCCUGGUUACAAUGGCUGUGGGCAUGGUCAUGCCGGUCACCCAGGUAGUCGUCAUUGGUCGUGUUGUGGUAAUAUUAUAGAGAUUUCCGAAUGUAAUAUAGCAAAUAAGUUGAUGAACUCAUGAGUCUAUUUCAAAGUAAGCAAGUAUCAUAAAUAUUU